CCUGCUUCGAGAUACCAAGAAAUUUGGCGGGUAUUAGACGCAUAAUUGUGCAAAAAGCCAUGAGUAUAUGACGCUUUCUAGUCUAAAGCCGACAACGGUUUGUCUGGUUUAAAUAUCCGUGAUAGUUGCUAUUCUUCUUGUGACUAUUGCUCGAAACCCCCCAUCCCAUCGUAUAUAAUCAAGCGCUUUGUUUUAUCAAACACACCAUGCCGACCAACGAACCAAACCUCCAACAUGAAGCCGCCGAACAAAACCUGGGUCGGAACACAAACUACAAGCUUCAGCUCGACCAGGCAGCCAAAGAUGCACUAAAGUCCCCGAGUGAAUUGAAGAAAUCUCCCAGUGCCCCUGCGAACCCGGUUGUAGAAAAAGUGGCGCAAUACAUACCAGCAGUUAGCAAGCUACUCGGAGGCGAGAAGGAGGUCAAAAAGCCCGACCCGGCUCCCGAGCAAAUCCCUGGCCCUCCAGAAAGGCCUACUCAUGACAUCCAAAUAGAAGAGUUCGUCCGCGAUCAGCACAGAAGCAGGACGGAAGACCUGGAGAAUGCCAAAGUCCAGUAAGGCGAGAGGAAACCAAAAUGCGCAAUCGCGUCUUUUGCGCAUCCGUCGUCAACUGAAACAGCUGGUCCCCUCUUUUGAGGCAGACUAGGUUAGCUUGUCAGCGGAUAGUUUAUCACAUACCUACAUGCCGCGGGAGCGCGGAAGAGCUAGAAUACAGUCUAGGCAGUCUAGCAGGAAAUACUAAACAGAAGCACUCCUAUUGGUUACAUCUUCGUUGCGCAAAUCCCCAUCGGGGUAUCAUGCCAUGACCAGGUCGAAGCACCCAGACUCCAGCUCAGGCUAGUAGGGACGGGUAUAGGGGUGCAGGGACAGAGCCCGCCAUGUU